ACAUAUAUUCUUACACCAGGGCAUUGCCCAUCUCUUUCUUCCUAUUUAUAUAUUCUCUCUCUUUCUCACACACCUUCUCUGCUGCAAUUUUCUUUUUUUAUUUAAUUAAGAGGAGUGGAAUAACCAAAGAAAAGAUAAAAAAAUUAACAGAUAGAGAGGAACAGAGAUAAAAGCCUCUCUUGUAGACAGAGACAGAGAGAAAGAGAGAGCAUGAACACCUCCUCCUCUGUUUCCAUUUCCACAAUCCUUCUUCUUAGAUCUUAGUUUUUCAUCUGGUCCUCUCUGAAAUGGAAUUCUGGGUUUAGUUCUGAUUGGUUUCAGAAGCAUCAGAUGAUCCCAGAUUGGAUUUGACAAACACCCACUUUGGUUUUUUGAUUGGGCACCAAUCAGAUUCUGUCUUUGUUAUCAUAUAAGAAAAAGAUGGAAUCAGAUCUUGGUAAGCUAUUCAUUGGUGGGAUUUCUUGGGACACUGAUGAGGAACGUCUGAAGGAGUACUUCAGCAAGUAUGGGGAAGUGGUGGAGGCGGUGAUCAUGCGAGAUAGAACUACGGGCCGUGCCCGUGGCUUUGGAUUCGUGGUCUUCACGGAUCCUGCUGUUGCGGAGAGGGUCAUUAUGGAUAAGCACAUGAUUGAUGGACGCACGGUUGAAGCAAAGAAGGCUGUUCCAAGGGAUGAUCAGCACAUUUUGAAUAGGAAUGCUAGUAGUAUUCAUGGUUCUCCAGGUCCUGGACACACCAAAAAGAUUUUUGUUGGAGGUCUAGCUUCUACAGUUACAGACAGUGACUUUAAGAAGUACUUUGAGCAGUUUGGCAAUAUCACUGAUGUUGUUGUGAUGUAUGAUCACAACACACAGAGGCCAAGAGGCUUUGGCUUCAUCACUUAUGAUUCAGAGGAUGCCGUUGACAGAGUUUUGCAUAAAACAUUUCAUGAACUUAAUGGUAAAAUGGUUGAGGUCAAGAGGGCAGUCCCAAAGGAGCUAUCCCCAGGGCCUAGUCGGAGCCCUCUGAUAGGAUAUAACUAUGGUUUGAGUAGGACCAACAACUUCCUUAAUGCAUAUGCUCAGGGAUAUAAUAUGAGCUCAGUUAGAGGUUUUGGAAUGAGGAUGGAUAGUAGGUUUAGUCCUCUUGCCAGUGGUCGGAGUGGAUUUCCUACAUUUGGUACUACUGGUUAUGGAAUGGGUAUCAAUUUAGAGCCAGGGUUGAGCCCAAGCUAUGGUGGGGCUGCUAACUUUGGCAAUAGUCCAGGCUAUGGGCGGAUUUUAAGUCCCUAUUACAAUGGGAAUUCAAGCAGGUAUAGUACUCCAAUAGGUUAUGGUGUGGGAAAUGCAAGGAAUGAUUCUGUUCUAAGCCCAACUAGACGUAAUGUCUGGGGAAAUGGGAGUCCUAAUACUGCUGCUAAUCCUCCCAGCCCUGGUGCUUUCUUGGGUUCUGGAAGUGGAAAUUUUGGAGUUUCAUUUGGGAAUAGUGGAGCCAACUGGGGCCCUUCUCAUGUUUCAGCUCAAGGUGGUGGAAGUGCUUCUGGUUAUACUAGUGGGAGCAUGGGCUAUGGGAGUGCUGGUGAUAGCAGCUAUGGGUUGGGAGGAGGAGGGUAUGGAAGGAACAGCAGUACUGGUGCAGCACCAAAUUCAUCAUUUGCUGGGUCAACUGGUGUUUAUGAAGGGGCCUAUGGGGACUUGUACCGUGGUGGUUCAGUUUAUGGGGAUUCAACUUGGCGGCCUGGCACUCCUGAGCUAGAUGGUGCUGGUUCAUUUGGUUAUGGACUUGGCAAUAUAGCUUCAGAUGUUACUACUAAAAGUUCUGAUGGUUAUAUUGGCAGUUAUGGAGUUACAAGUAGACAAUCUAAUAGAGGAAUUGCUACCUAGGAGAUCUGUUACUGGACGUCACAAGAUAAUUUUUAGGUGAAGGGAAUCUGGAUAAACAGGUGAAGGGACAGAAUUUCAAACAUCUCUCUCCUGAAUAUAUUCAGCUUAUAAGGAAAUUGAUCUUAGUGCUAACGAGGGUUCUUGAUUUGAAUUAUACACAAUCAGAGUGAAAGCAGUUACGAGGAUUUUGUGUAAGGUUUGAGAUUUGAAUUUCAUUUUUUUCUUUCUUUACUUCUUUUAAUUAGUGAAAAGCAUAGGUUCCUUUCUUGGCAUUUGAGUGAGGUGUAAAAUCAGAUUGCGGGAUAUAUACUCAGGAAGAUUGGUUCCCAUAGAUAUGUUGUGCAUCUUCAGCGAAGCACGCCAGUGAUAUUACACUUAAAAUGGGGUAUUAAAAUUCUCUUCUUUUUUUUUUUUUUUUGUUUUUGAGUAAUGUCUGGAGUUUAUUUGGGAUUUGUCUGUCUACCGAGAUUGUAUGCAAGGUUCUGUUUGAUCUAUCAGUGUGAAACAUUACAAGGGAUUCUCUUUCAUGUUCCCCUGCAAAUAAGUUACAAAUAUCCUGAUUCAUUUUUUUCCACAGUGUAUUACACUCGAAGAAUGUUAGACUUCAUUUCUGAU